AUGUGUGAUGAUUUGAGAUCUAGUGAAAUUAGGGAAUUGUUGAAUGAAGAAAUAAGUGAUAUUGACGAUGAUAAUGUUGAAGAUGACUUCGAUUUAGGUUUACCGCCUCAGAAUAUUGAUUCAGACUCAGAAUCGUUACUGGACUUUUCAAGUGGAAGUGGGGAGGAAUACAUUCCUGAUUACGAUGAUUUGGACACUAGUGAUAGGGAGCAAGAUGUUGAUGAUCCAGGGGAGCCUGAAGUACCUGUAAGUGUGCCUAGUAAUGAUGUACCUAGCAGUAGUAGGCCUAGGCCUAAGAAGAAAAAAGGUCCUCCAAAUUUGCUCUGGAUUCGAGUUUAUCCACCAGAACCUGAAAAGGAGAUCGAAUCAAAAUUUACUAGGAGGAACACUGGCAUACAAAAUCUCCCUCCUAGAAAUAGUAGUUGUAUUGAAUACUUCUAUCUUUUCUUUACCCAGGCUAUCUGGAACAUAAUUUGUCAGUGUACAAAUGCGUCGGCAAGGAAAGCGCUUCAAAGACAAAACUUGUCCCCACAAUCAAGAAUAAAAAGAUGGACUGACUGUACUGUUGCAGACAUAAAGAGGUUUUUUGGGUUAUUCAUAAACAUGGGGAUUUGGAAACUCAAGAACAUAACAGGCUACUGGGAUACGAGAGAAUCUCAGUCACAUCCAUUUUUUGCUAAGACGAUGAGCUACAACAAGUUCGCAUUGAUUUUGUGGAACCUCCAACUUACCAACAACAAUGGACAUCCAAGAGGCCAUCCAGAAUUCGACCACUGGUUCAAAGUAAGAUAUCUGUUAGACCAUUUAAACAGAGCUUUCAAAAAGUAUUUUGUCCCCGGACAGAAUGUAUGCCUGGACGAGAGCCUUAUAGGCAUGAAAAACCGUUGUUCUUACAUACAAUACCUCCCGAAAAAAAAACACAAGCAGUUUGGAAUCAAAAAAUUUGAGACCUGUGAUUCUGCCACUAACUAUGUCUUGCACCUUGAAAUGUACAGUGGAGCAGAUUUCUUGAUCGAUAAACCAGGGCCAUUUGUACAAAAAUGUGUGUUAGAGGUAAUGGAGAAAAGUGGUCUCCUCGACAAAGGCCAUCAUCUGUUCACCGAUCAAUUUUACACUAAAGUACCUCUAGCAUUAAAGUUACAUGAAAGAAACACCUACCUUACUGGAACUAUAAAUAAGAAUUCUCAGUAUCUUGCAACAACACUGAAGAAUACUGAAUUGGAAGCUGGACAAACUCUGUACUUCAGGCACAAAGAUGUCCUUCUCGUUUCGUUCAAGCAGAACGCGUCAAGAAAAUCGGUUUUUGCCCUGACCACUGCUUGCCACGCCGAGGACAAACUUGUCCAGAGCAAAAAAGGGCAACAAGCAGUAAAACCUGUUCUUAUCCAUAGAUACAACCAAUACAUGGGUGGGGUAGAUGUAAGUGAUAAAAGUAUCUACCACACCUCAUGCACUCGCCCGACGAAGAAAUAUUGGAAGAGGAUCUUCUAUAAUUUACUGGAUAUUGCGCUUUUCAACUCGUAUGUGUUGUAUUCGUUGAAUACUGACAAGCCAAAGAGUAGAAAGGAUUAUUUAGUUGAUAUUGUGGAAACCCUGGCUAAUACAAGAGACAUAGGUCCGACUGCAGGACCAUCAGGAGACACCGCGCACCAAAUGCAGCAAGUGCCUAACAAAUCAAACAGAGUAUGUGCUGUAUGCUGCAGAAAGGCUACAUACUGGUGUCCAGGCUGCAAUGUAGGCAUCCACAAAGAGUGUUUUCAUCUACUUCAGCACUAUUGGAGGCCUUUACAAGCCAAAAAGAAGAAGAAAGUGUCGGAACUCCAUGAUCUUUCCCUCACCUCUGGAAAGCCAGCGUUACAACUAAAAGAAGACCAAACUCCGACACCCCCAAAUCAAAUAUCCUCUGAAAGUCAGGGUAACAAAAUGUCGCCCAUCUACCGCGAGGUAGAAAACAAAAUUCUAGAACUAGAAAACUCAGAAGAUCCCGAUUUAGAAACUUCUCUAACACUUGCAGCAGAAGUUGGAAACGCACUUCUAGCACAAAAUAGCAAACUAAGAGAAGAAGUACUCAACCUGACUCAACAAAACUCGAGUCUGGCCCAGAACUAA